AUGACGCUAAUAAUGAUGCUAAUAAUAAUGGCGCUGAGCGCCUAUCUCAGUCUCAAAAAUCCUACGAUCAUUCUUCCCAUUCUUCACACUCUUUCCCUUCCAACCAAAAUCAAAACGAUAUUAUUAAUAAUGACUCUUUACAACCUCAACAAUCAAAUAUAUUAAAAAAUUCCAAUAAUAGCAAUACAAAUUUAAGCAUCAACCCAAGCACUAAUUCAGCUGAGAGAUAUAAUCCCGACCUUGAUGAUUUUAAUUCAAAUAGUGAUCAACACGAACCCUUAAACGCUCAUCAACAUAAAUCUUAUUUGUCAACAUCAUCAUCUCAACCUUCCUCCUUACAGAAUAUCCCAAAUAAUAAUAAGAGUGAAAACCUAUUUUUCCAAAAAAGAAAAAAAGUGUUCUGCUUAUGCUGUGGUGUCAUAGCCUUAAUAAUAUUGAUCAUGAUUCCUAUCUUUUUGUUUGUGAUUGCUCCUUCUGUCGCUCGAAAUGUUGUUGCUGAAUCAAAAAUAUCAUUCAAUGAUGUAAAAUUAUCUAAUAUUUCUGAAGAUAACUUUUCUUUGUCCUUUACCGGUGCCGUCUCAAACACCGGUCCGCUCUCGGCAUCCAUAUCAAUUCCUAAAGGUGUUACAAUCUCUUUUAAAGAUGUGACGUUAGGUAGAAUGGCUUUGGACACGAUUAAUACCACACCUUCUAGUGGUGCUACUCUCGAAUCUACUAAAGUAUUUAAAAUAGUGGACAAGAGUGCCUUUUCAAACUUUAGUAAAUUUAUGUUGACUGAAAAAGAAUUUACCUGGCAUUUAGAAGGUAGUUCUAUGAUUAAGGUUUCUGGUUUGACCAUUAACGACAUUGAAUUAUCAAAAGAUGUCACUUUGAAUGGUAUUUUUAUUUAA